AUGUUUAAUACAUAUGAUCCCGAUGGAGAUUUGUUGCUACUUCUUACACAAGAACCAAAGCGGGAAGACACAGAUGAGGGAGCAGCUUUAGGAGAAUUAGCAGAACCAUCACCAAAAGAAGACUACUCGGAAGGAAUUCUCUCAACCAAUGCACCAAGCGUUGUUGGAGAAGAUGUACUCAUGUUAGUCUCAUCCAAACACAUGAGCCUUGCUUCUCCUGUAUUCAAGGCCAUGCUUCAACGCAAUAAUUUCCCAGAAGGUCGAGAACUAGCCUCUGCUGGCAAGGUUAAGAUUCCCCUUCCUGAUGAUGACCCUGAUGCUUUUGCUAUCUUGAUGUGUGUUAUCCAUGGUCGUACCAGGAGUAUUCCUCGGGACGUGGAUUUAGAUGUGCUGUCGAGGAUCUCUACUUUGGUCGAUAAGUAUCAAUUACAUGAGGUGGUUGAAAUAAUGUCUGAUAGAUGGAUAUCCUUGCUUGAACCUCAAUUGCUGGAGGUUCAUAUGGAUGAUUUACUUCCGUGGCUCAGUAUUUCUUGGGUAUUUGAAAAAUCAGAUAUCUUCAAGGAAGUUACUAGAAUUGCAGAACGACAAAGUAAUGGCAAAAUUGGUGAAGACCGACAUGAUAUUCCAAUUCCAAAUCGAGUCGUGGAUGCCAUUCAAAAACGUCGAUUAACCGCAAUAACCGACGCAUAUUCUACAGUAGAAAACAUAAUCAAUACCGGCAAACAUCACUGUACCGCACCCCGUGAAGACGCUUUCGAAUGUAGUGGCAUGGUUCUAGGAACCCUCCUCCAAAGUUCCACAAAAUUAGGCAUAUUCCCCGUACCAGAUCUCACAGACACAGACCUCACAUUUAAUCAUGUAAUCAACCAAAUUCGCAAGGUAGAAGUUGUCGCUCUUUGUGAUAAGAUAUCACCAUUCAAAAGCUAUGAGUAUCAUCAUUGGUCUACGCACGGUGUCAAACAGGCUAUUGAUACUGAAUUGGCAAAUAUUGAGAAGAGAUUGUGUGGAUUAGAGAUGGAGGAUUUUCAAAAGGGGAAGAGAGUUCAGGGGGAGAUCAAGCUACCGAUGAGGGUGAACAUGAAGUCGGAUAAUCUGGAUAUGGCACAGUUGUCCCUCCUGCCUUCUGCAUAG